AUGGCGACCAAUACUUUUUGUGAAGGACGGCUCUUUCGCGUUUUGACAUCUCCAAUUUUUCCAAAAGCGUUAACUUCCCAUAAGAAUAACUCCGGACAUAACGUUGCAUUUCUACUCUUGAUGCAUAUAGUGUCAGGUAUGUUCGUCUGCAUUGCCGUCUUUGCCGCGGAACAAGCUAGAUCUGACGAAGCAAAGACUGGGAAUUGGGCGAUUGUGAUGACGUUUGUUACAAUGGGACUUGUUUCGCUCAUCGUCCUUAUGGUGAGGGGCUGUCAAAACAAAUUAAAAAUCGAAGUUAUAGAAAAGUCUUCGGCGGCGGACAAAUCUCUUAGUCUACGGAUCACAUUUCUAUGGAUCUUUAUGCUCGCUGUGGCCAUCCAAGUCUCCAUAAAUUUUGCUAUUUACAUUGAUUGUUUUGAAUCGUAUUCUUUGAGAAGUGUUCGAGUGGUAUUCUCACUCCUCAGUAAUAUCAUAUUGUUAUUGUACCUUCUCGUGCAAACAAGUUUCAUUUCUUAUUAUCGAGAUUCUCCGUUUGUACACGACUCUGUUGUAAAUAUUGCAAGCAUCUUAAUUAUUGCAACCAACUUUGCCCUAUGGUUUAACACGAUGGUGACCAGCAUCAAUGUGUUUGAUUUGUAUAAAAACCAAACUGUCCCGCAAUACAGCAACGAAUCCUAUUGUUUUCGUACCUCGAGCAUACAAGUGGAGCUGAGCAGGAGAAUCACUCCUUAUUUGUCACAACUGAGGAUGGAAUUCUGUAUCCUUGCCUCAAGUUUUAUCAUCUCCUUUUGGAGGUGGCCCAUGGAGUUUAAUCAAGACAGUGCCGAGGACAGUAAUAGGAUAGCACAAGCCAAACGAGAGAAGUAUCAAAUAAUUUCCAACCACAGAACCCAUGCAGUAAAAGGACCGUAUGUUUUCAUAACAGUGAUCGGAGUGCUUAUUAAUACCCCGUUAUUUAUUGCAAGUCUACUACAGGCAUUCUUUGCAGUUAACAUUGGAAAAUGUAUUAGUUCUCUUGGCAGUAUCAUCGCUAUCUAUGCAUGCAGUUACAUCCUUACCAAAAGAUACAAAAGUUUCUGGAGAUCAUUAAAACUGACCACCAAUGAGCAUAUUUUGAUCUUGGCCUCCUCUGGAAUGAUGGCAGUAUUCAUGUUAGAUUUACUGAUGGCUUUGGCUAGCCCUAAUUCUGUCACCAUGUUUGCUUCCAGCCGUGUAGUCUGUAUGUUAGAAAUAUAUCUUCAGACUUAUUUCCUCAUCAAAAUCAAACGAUACCGUACAAAUGGUCAGUCGUGUAUUAUUAUUUCCUCCUCGGCUAUUUUACUUAUGAUUACAAAUCUCGUCUGCUGGUUUCUAGAUUCCUACAAUCUUCACAAGACGAGUGUUGAGGUCGUUCUCGUUGAGAAGGAGACUUGGCUGUACAUACAGAACGCUAUGAUUCCACUACUAACUCUAUACCGAUUAUUUUCUGGGAUCAUAUCAUAUUCAGUGUAUACUAGGUUCAAACCUAACUGACGAUAAAAAAACAUUACAAGAUGACGGAAAAUAUGUGAAUAUAAUUCAUGAAUAUGUGAAAUUUGCAAU